CAUUUGCCAUUUAUACGCAUCACGCACUCUAACCGACAACACCUUUGCUAUAUUUCAGUCUAAAAUAGAAAAAAAGUAACGAAAUGCUGGCACAAAACCUCUUUAUUCGUUAAAAAGUCAAGAUAAGAAGAAAAAAUAAAAACAACAGUUCAAAUUUUCAAAUUUCGUAAUCUCGAUUCCAAAUCCAAAAGUUCGUCACCAACGGAACUCCCCGAAAGUGAAAAGAGGCGGCACUCACUACACUCUGCAGUUACUUCCGACGUAACGCUACGCGCGUAAAGACGUCGGAUCGAACGCGUUCAAAAAUGUGUGUGAACGAGUGACAUGGAACACUACGUAGAUGGAAUUCAAAAUUUCAAAAUUCGAAGAAGAACAAGUGGAAAGAUGAAUCUGAUAAGUGUUUUUGUGAUUUUCGCGGCAUUUUCGAAUUGUGUUUUAAGUUCUGACGUUGAGAAUGACGUUCUGACUUUGCAAGACGACUUGGACUUGAAGGAUGAGGCUGCUUCGGACAGGAGAAGGCCGUCGAAUGAGCAAGAAAAGGAUAUACUUCUCUUGGAUGCUCUUGGGAGGAGGAAGGGAUCGUACCACCAUAAUGCCUAUGCAUCGUCACAGGAAGAUGACUCUAUCAUGGAUUUGUUGGGGAAAAUGAUACCCCAGACCUGUCGGUACCGUGGCGCCCGCUACCCUUGCGGUCUCAGCAUAUCCUGCGUGCUCGGAGGAGGGAAGCCUAUGGACCUCUGUUCGGGAGGGAUGAUCUGGGCCUGCUGUGUGGACAGAGACACGACAGAGAGGCCGAGCGAGGUUGCGCCGGUGGUGCAUAAUGCAAGUGAUCUCAUUGAGCUCAUUGGCACAUUCCCUCACGAAAACUACGACUACCAAAACACAAACCAAUUCGAAGACCCGAUCAUCAUUUACACCGACACUAACCUGCCGAAUCCGGCGCACAACCGGCCGAAACCGGAUCUGAACCGGCCGAAACCGGAUCUGAACCAGCCAGAACCGGACCCACCAAAGCCGGACUGGGAAUACCAGAACCACUAUUUUCACGUGAAACCCUCGUACCACGAGACAACGACGCAGAACACACAUUACAAUGAUGGUGAUGAUGAUUAUGUGCCAGUGCACACGAACGGUCAUAAGCCGCAGAGGCCAAGUUUUCCUGGUUGCGGGGAACAUUUCACCAGGUCGAACCGUAUCGUAGGGGGCCAUUCGACGGGCUUUGGGUCCCACCCCUGGCAGGCGGCACUGAUCAAGUCAGGGUUCCUUAGCAAGAAGCUGGCUUGUGGUGGGGCCCUGAUAUCUGAUCGCUGGGUCAUCACAGCUGCGCAUUGCGUUGCUACCACUCCAAACUCCCAGCUUCGCGUGCGGCUAGGCGAGUGGGACGUGAGAGAUGCUGGUGAAAGGUACUCGCACGAGGAGUUCGCUGUCCAGAGGAAGGAGGUGCACCCUGCGUACGAGCCGGCGGACUUCAGGAACGAUGUGGCGCUGGUGCAGCUGGAUAGGGGGGUGGUGUUUAAGCAGCAUAUACUGCCAGUUUGCUUACCUCAGAAGCAGAUGAAGUUGGCAGGAAAAAUGGCGACAGUCGCAGGCUGGGGCAGGACGCGACAUGGACAGAGCACCGUGCCUUCUGUUUUACAGGAAGUGGACGUAGAAGUGAUCCCCAACGAGAGGUGCCAGCGAUGGUUCCGCGCGGCCGGCAGGCGGGAGACGAUACACGACGUGUUCCUCUGUGCGGGAUACAAAGAGGGAGGCCGAGACUCCUGCCAAGGCGACUCCGGCGGCCCUCUCACGAUGAAGCUCGAGGGGCGAAGCACCCUCAUUGGGCUCGUAUCAUGGGGCAUCGGCUGCGGCCGCGAACACUUACCUGGAGUUUACACGAAUAUACAGAAGUUUGUGCCGUGGAUAGACAAACUUGUUAAUCCACAGUGAAACAGAACUGGAGAAGAAAAAGAAAUAGAUGAUGAGGAAGAAGAAGAAAUAGAUAAAGACAAAAAGAAUGAAGAAGUAGAUAAUAAAGACAAAAGAAAUGGAGAAGAAAGAGAUGCACAAAUGGAUAAGACACAAUCGACGUAAUUUGAAAGAACUCUGACGUUUGAUGAAGAUGGAACUGAAGAUGAAAAGUGAUAAUUAUUUUAAAAAGUUGAUGAUUAUAAACUAAAAUGUGAUUUUGAAGUGACAAGUAGACAAUAACUUGUGUUAUAAACGUAAUCAUGAAAAUACAACAGACUAAAGGUCAUAAAAUUUUGGAUCUUCUAAAAUUCAAUAAUUUAAAGAUCUCACUACGAGUUGUAGCAGUGAAUUUUGUGACAAAUAUCAACGUUUUACAAAAAUAUUCGUCUGUAUGUUAAAGAUGUUUCAAUUAAGCAUCCAAAAGACUACAUUCAUUAUAUUCAUGUCGUCCAUUAUUAUUAGAGAAUAGGAAAGUGGACAUAAUCUAAUUAAGGUUAACAA